UAUACCUCUUCCCAAACACUCUCUUCUUCUUCACCACCCUUCUUUUCUCUUAAUUCUCUUAACAAGUUGUUGUAUUACCACACUGAGUCACACUGAUCUUUCCUUUCCUUGGGGAGACCAACACUGAGUCAACACAGUUGCACUCACUUUGGAACACUAUUAUAUUGGUGUUUUAGCUCUUCACUUUGAAUUUUGCUUCUUUCUCUUCUUUUAUCAGUAGACCUGUUUUGGACAUUUUAGUGGGUCAUCCUCUCCUUUGUCUCCUUUUCUUUAUUAAGUUUUUAUUAUGGGGAUUUGGGUAUUCAUGAAAGAAGGGCUUCUCAGACUCAGUGCCAAGUAUUAAGAGCACAGUCCUAGGCAUGGUCUCUUGUCCCUAAUAAAAUACUACUAAUAUAUUUACCUGGAAAUGGAACUUUCCAGUCAAGAAGGGGAGAUCCCAAUUCCUUUGAACAGUACAUAUGGUGGGGGACAUGGGCAUGGGCAUGGACAUGUGAUACAUCAUGAUCAUGUUCCACCCCAUAACCAUAUCAUACCUUCAUCAGCACCCCAAGUCCUUUCCAAUUGCCCUUCCUCCUUGUCCAUAGAAGACCAUGUGCCCUACAAGAAACCGGUGAGGUACCGUGAGUGCCUGAAGAACCAUGCGGCCGCCAUGGGAGGAAAUGCCACCGAUGGGUGCGGCGAGUUCAUGCCGAGCGGUGAAGAGGGUACAAUCGAAGCACUGAUUUGCUCCGCCUGCAACUGCCAUAGGAACUUCCACAGGAAAGAAGUGGAAGGCGAGCCGUCGUCAUUUGAUUGUUAUCCGUUGCAUGGUAUGACCGGCAGAGUUGGGAGGAAACUCCUCUUAGGUCACCACCACAAGAGUGUCCUACCACCCGAGGCUCUAGGGUACCCUGCGGGUACUCUCAUACACUCGAGAUCAGCAGCACCAACGCCCCACCAAAUGAUAAUGUCCUGCAACAUGGGAUCCCUCCCUUCAGGGUCCGAUGAGCAGCCGGAAGAAGGUGAUGGGGUAGUCGGAAACAGACCACUCCAGCUCAUGAAGAAAAGGUUUAGGACAAAGUUCACACAGGAACAGAAGGACAAAAUGCUCAACUUUGCAGAGAAAGUUGGGUGGAAAAUCCAAAAGCAAGAAGAAUCAGUGGUGCAACAGUUCUGCCAAGAGAUUGGUGUCAAGAGAAGAGUCCUAAAGGUCUGGAUGCACAACAACAAGCACAAUCUAGCCAAGAAAAACCCAUCUAAUCCCACCGCCGCCGUCCCCCCCGCCGCCACCACCACCGCUGCAUGAUGAUCCUCAGUCUUCUCUUAGUAUAGUCCGUGUUUCGUUUCCAUUUAGCUCAUUUCAUCUGGUUUGGUUUUCGUUUCUUCAAUG